AUGAAGCCAUGUUUUUGCUUACAAACAUCUUAACGCGUGGAUGCGGAGCCACGCGCCGCUGCGCUGCGUAAGGAGAGGCCGCUGCGACCUUCCGCCCGCUGAUUCCUCAUUCUGGAAACGGGAUAGAUGCUUUUUAAAUCUUUACUUGGGAUUUGUUUUAAAGCGAACAACUUGAGCCGCGCAGUAACUCAGAGGAGCUAAAAGCUGCGGAUCGAAUCGGAUGCAGAAAAUGAGUUUCGGGGUGAGCUGGUGAACCAGCGGUGGACACGAGGCGAGAGGAGUAGCAGCCGCUGUCAGGCCUCCCAGAGACUGCAGAGCCGCAAACCAAUCAUGAUGAGUGUGGAGGGUGACGACAAGCGAACUCGCACUCGGUCAAAGGGAAUCAGAGUUCCUAUUGAGCUCAUAGGACAAGAGCUGAGCUGCCCCACCCCCGGAUGCAAUGGCUCCGGCCAUAUCAGUGGGAGAUACUCACGACACAGAAGCCUUUUGGCUUGCCCCAUAGCCAGAAAGCGCCGUCUAGAGGAGGCUGAACAGGAGCAGGAGCAGGAAACAGGGAAGCCCUCCUCCAAAAGGAAGUCCCACCCCCUGAAACUGGCCCUGGACGAGGGCUUCAGCGCAGAGAGCGACACCAGCAGCGAGGCAGAGGACGAAGCUGCCAAGGAUGGAGAGAAGGGAGACAAGGAGGGAGAGAAGGAUGCAGGCAGGGAGGAGAUGGCGCCCGAGCAUCCAGAGCAGGACGGCAAGGGACUGAUGAACGGGCAGGAGGAGGAGGAGGAGGAGGAGGAGGAGGAGGAGAUGUCAGCGGGUGAUGAAGAGCAGGAGUGCCUGAUCGUUGAGCCGGAGCUACGAGCCGCGCCACCUGCAGCCGAGGUGAGCCCUCCGCCUUCACAGAGCGCCGAAGAGGUGGCCGACUCUCUGCUCCACCUGGGCCAGGUCUCUAACAGCCACACUCACGGCGUGGCUUUGCAGCAGAUUGAAGAUGUCAGCGCAGCAGCUGAGGGGGGAGAAGAAGAAAAGGAUGAACAGGAGGAGGCCAUGCAUGAGGGCGAGGAGGAAGAGGAGGAGGCACAAAGAACUCUGGAGGAGUCAUCUGCUCUGCAGAAUGACGGGAGGACGGUGGAGGAAGAGGAGGGCGAGCAUGUUAACAUGAGCAACCAUGUGAGCCACAGCCAGCAGAUCAAAGGGGAAGAGGAGGAGGAAGAGGAGGAGGAGGAGGAGGAGAUGGUGGUAUCAGUGCAGCAGACGCAGGAAACUCCAGCAGAAGAUGAGGGGGAUGAUGAGAAAGAUGAAGAGGAGCACAGCUCUUUCCUCUCCAUAUCUGAUGUGCCAACUGCCGUCCAGACCAUCACCAGCACAGCAGCAGCUCAGGGAACACACAUCAAGACGGAAAACCAUAGACUUCUGGAGGACUACGGCAGCAACAGAUACGGCUCACUUCCAGACUUCAAAAGCAGCCCUCCUUUAAGCUCCCACACCGCCAGCCCGCUCCACGACUACUUCUCCAUUCCCAGGGGGGACAACUUUAAGAUCCACAAAGCCUCAGCCUCCCCCGACGUCAUCGAAGUGCGGUCCGACAAGUCAGAGGAGAAGGACUUUGACGACUUGGACGGAGACGACGAGCGAGAUGAUGACGACAGCCUGUCGCAGCGUUCCACGGUGACCGACGAGUCGGAGAUGUUCGACAUGACCAGAGGGAACCUGGGCCUCCUGGAGCAGGCCAUCGCCCUGAAGGCCGAGCAGGUGAAGCCAGCCGGGCCCAGGGAGCUGCUCCGCGCUCCGGACCUCCAUCACCAGAGGUACUUCACCAUCGAGGACAGACCCAAGCACCUGGACAUCAUCCGCAAGACGUACUUCAGCAAAGAGAGGCCAGAGAAGAGGGAGAACAAGUGUCCCACGCCGGGGUGUGAUGGAACCGGUCAUGUGACUGGUCUUUACCCCCACCAUCGCAGCCUGUCAGGCUGUCCGCACAAGGACAGGAUCCCCCCAGAGAUUCUGGCCAUGCAUGAAAAUGUGCUGAAGUGUCCAACUCCUGGCUGCACUGGUCAGGGCCACGUAAACAGCAACCGCAACACACACCGCAGUCUCUCUGGAUGCCCCAUCGCUGCUGCUGAGAAGCUUUCAAAGACCCAUGAUAAGCAGCAUCUCUCUCAGCUGGGCGGCGAGCAUCUCAAAGGAAGCCCCAAUGACAGAGUGCUGAGGCCCAUGUGCUUUGUGAAGCAGCUGGAGGUGCCCCAGUAUGGCAACUACAGGCCCAACAUGGCCCCCUCUACACCGCGCGCCAACCUGGCCAAGGAGCUGGAGAAGUACUCCAAGGUCUCCUUCGAUUAUGCAAGCUUUGAUGCCCAAGUGUUUGGGAAGCGCACGCUUGCUCCAAAGAUGACCACCAGCGAAACGUCACCAAAAGCCUUCAAAAAUCUAACUGUCUGUCUUCCUGCAGCCAAGCCCUCCUUCCCCGAGUCGUCCUCUCCCACCCUGAGCCUCCACGCCUACGGGAAGAGCUCCUCCCUCCCCUACGACUACUCCCAUGACGCCGAAGCCGCUCACAUGGCUGCCACCGCCAUCCUUAACCUGUCCACCCGCUGCUGGGAGAAACCUGAGAAUCUCAGCAUCAAGCCUCAAAGCAAGGAAAUGGACAUCGAGGUGGAUGAGAACGGCACGUUGGACCUGAGCAUGAAGAAGCCCAUCAAACGGGAGGGCAGCGUGUCUGGCACCAGCCCCGGGGUGCGCUCCCCAGACCCAUCUUCAUCCUCCUCCUCCUCCUCCUUCCACCACGGGGGAAACAGUGGAAUGACGUCCCCAAACCUUCAAACGUACAAACAGGAAGAGUGGGAGGGGCCGCUGGAUUUCACCAAACCCAACCGCCAGAGGGAGGAGGAAGCAGACGAGAUGGAGCACACGGGCCACUCGUACGUCUCCUCCGACCAGGAGGACUGCGACGGGCUGCAGGACUGUCUGGAGGACAGGAAGUACCCAGGAGAGGUCACAACUCCCAGCUUCAAGGUCAAGUUUCAGCCCAAGGACAGCAAGAAGGAGCUGCUCUCGUGCCCCACACCUGGCUGUGACGGCAGCGGCCAUAUCACAGGAAACUACGCCUCCCAUCGCAGUCUGUCUGGGUGUCCUCUCGCUGAUAAGAGCCUUCGCUCCCUCAUGGCGGCCCACACCCCUGAACUCAAAUGCCCGACCCCAGGAUGUGACGGCUCCGGUCACAUCACAGGAAACUACGCCUCUCAUCGAAGUCUCUCUGGGUGCCCGCGUGCCAAGAAAAGUGGAAUUAAAACUCCUACCAAGGACAACCAGGAGGACUCGGAGCUUUUAAAAUGCCCCGUGCCAGGCUGCGACAGCCUGGGACACAUCAGCGGAAAGUACGCCACGCACCGCAGCGCCUACGGCUGCCCGCUGGCAGCCCGCAGACAGAAGGAGGGGCUCCUGAACGGGAUGCCCUUCAACUGGAAGGCGUUUAAGACUGAGGGGCCCACCUGCCCCACCCCCGGGUGUGACGGCUCGGGUCACGCCAAUGGAAGCUUCCUCACGCACCGCAGCCUCUCAGGAUGCCCCAGAGCGUUGUACGCUAAGAAGAAGGCCAAGUUCCCCUCAGACGACUAUCUGAGCACCAAGUUCAGAGCCACAGACGUUCUGGACAACGAUGAGGAGAUCAAGCAGCUAAACAGGGAGAUAAACGACCUGAACGAAUCCAACAACGAAAUGGAGGCCGACAUGGUCAACCUGCAGACUCAGAUCUCUUCCAUGGAAAAAAACCUAAAGAGCAUCGAGCACGAAAACAAGAUGAUCGAAGAGCAGAAUGAGGCUCUCUUCAUGGAGCUGUCCGGUCUGAGUCGGGCCCUGAUCCGCAGCCUGGCUAACAUCCACCUGCCCCACAUGGUGAGGCUUCCACUUCUCUCUGUGUUUCGCUGCCUUCUCCUCUUUCUUCCACUCACGGCCGUCUCUUUUGCAUGGCAGCAGGAGCCAAUCACGGAGCAGAACUUUGACAACUACAUCAGCACCCUGACUGACAUGUACACCAACAAGGAGUGCUUCCAGAGCCCCGAGAACAAGGCCUUGCUGGAGAGCAUCAACAAGGCCGUAAAGGGCAUCAAAGUCUGAGGCUCCACAUGCGGCGCAGUUAGGAAUCUGAAUCGGCUCCUGAAGCUGGAGAGGCUGGAAGCAUGAGGAGCUGAGAGAACGGAGGAAUGCUCAACGAUAUCAUUCAAAAACAAAAAAAAAGGGAAUUCAGGUUACUCCAAAAAUGGCAAAUUUCAAAUAUCAACCCAGGGAGCGCUCUGCUGAAGGAAGGCGACCAAAAUCCACACCAUGCUGCUGCCGGGGUUCACAAGUCUUCAGUCAGAGUGGAUGAAAGGAGGAUUCGACGUGGCGUCCGAUCACCUGCUGAAUCCGCCGACCGGCUUCCGCGCUUCCGUUCAUCCGGAACGAGGCGCGGAGGCUGGAUCCGCUCCCGACAAGGACGAGCUGGACGAGCGGGCUUUCAGCGCCGUCCUGUAGCAUCGGCUGGGCGUCCAGCAGCUGUCUGAUCCACACACGCCUCCCCGCUCCCACCGGACGGCGUGCGUUCGCUCUGCGGACCUCAGAACGGCCCAGCCCUCUUUGUUUAGUAGUGUGCACACAUUUCAGAUUUCUAGGUCAUAUCAAUAGUAUUUAUUGCACUUCAUUUCAAUGAAUAGUUUUGUGGUACAAUAAUUAUUGUUAUAUAUGAAUUAUUUAAACUUGUGAACUUUUAAAUUGUAACUUAUUGCCUUUUAUGUUAUUGAAGUUUAUUUAUUUUAAACAAUCUAUUUAUUAUUAUUACCUUUGUUUUGUAAAACAAGCAAACAAAAAAUGCAACUUUACUGAGAAGCGGUCUGCAGAUGUCUUAAGAACCUCUAACGAUAGACGAGGCGUAUUUUUGGUUUCUAGCAACCUUUUUACGUGCAGAUGUUUUAUAACAAAUUCUUUUGAUAAUUUUACAAGAAAAGUUUUUUUUUUUUGGUCUGUUUUUUCUUUUUUUCCUGUUUUGUUUUUGCUUUUUCUGUUACUGGUGCAAACCCCACAGGUAAGAGGAAGAAUGACAAAUAAUGUAUUUAUUAUUUAUUUAAUGAGAAACGACUGAUGUGUAUUUAUUUGGUUCUUAUUUAUGUGUUUGAUGUGACGGUUGAACCUGAGUAGAAAAAAAA